CGGACAGGUGCCUGGGACCCGUGUGCCAGCAGCCAUCCUGCUCCCACAGCGCUCGGCAGACGCUGGAUUUUGCCGGCAAGGCAGCCUGUCCUGCAAUGACCCAGAGCACCUGAGGCCCUGCAGCCGUGGGGAUGGAGCUGAAGGUCUGGGUGGAUGGGAUCCAAAGGGUCGUGUGUGGAGUCUCGGAGCAAACCACCUGCCAAGAAGUGGUCAUUGCCCUGGCACGGGCCAUUGGUCAGACGGGUCGCUAUGUGCUGGUGCAGAAGCUGCGGGAGAAGGAGCGGCAGCUGCUGCCUCUGGAGUGUCCCUUGGAGUCACUGGCCAAGUGUGGGCAGUAUGCCAACGACGUGCAGUUCAUCCUGCGGCGGACAGGCCCCAGCAUGGCCGAGCGGCCCUCCUCGGAGGGCGCUCCCCAAGCUCCCGAGAGGACGUUCAUCCGGGCCAGCUUGCCCAUCAAGCCCAGGCUCACGAGCAUAGAUGGACCCCGUUCCAGGGAGCCAAAAAAAUCCAUGACCUUCAACCUGGGUCCUACAGGCUCCAGCGACCUGUUCACCGUGGGCCGAUGGAGGCAUCAAACGCGGGAUGGGCUAGACUUAGAGGGUGGUGGUGUUGUCCAGCCCUCCAAGGAGGAGCUUUUUAGGAGAGUGCUGCAGCAGCAGGAGCAGCUGCAUUCCUUGGAGGUCCAUGGAGACACCCUAGAAAUGGACCUACGGCUCUGGGAGCGCAGCCGGCUUGCCGGCCAGGAGAAUGAGAUCCUCUAUCUGGAGCAACUGGUGCGGAGGAACGAGACAGAGCUGGGUGAGGAGGAGUUUUGGCAGAGUGAGCUCCGGCUGGAGAAGGAGUGUGAGCGGGAGCGGCAGGAGCGGGUUAGGAGCCUGCGGGCCAGCCUGGAGGAGUACACCCAGAGGAUCUAUGAGCUGAGUGUCCGGACUGAAGCCCUGCAGGAGGAGAUCCAAUGGGAGAUGGCCGAGAGGGCCAAGAGGGGGAAGGAGAUCUCUAUGCCCAGCCCCAUAGAGCUGGAGGACAUGGCCACCAAAAUGAAAAGGGACCUGGAGGCCAAGGUCAAGCAAGGCACCCAGCUGGAGAGCAACCUGGCCAGCGUGGAGAAGGCCCUGGAGGAAGCUGAAAAGAACCUGCAGGCCCAGACCCAAGAGCUGGAGGAGUUAAAUAAGGAGCUGAGGCAGUGUAAUUUGCAGCAGUUUAUUCAGCAGACGGGGGCCACGGUGACUGUCCUGCAGGCCAGGUCCGAGGAGGACGCCCAGCCGGAGCCGAGCCCGUGCGAGCUGCCAGCCUACCGGAGAAACGGAGGUUUUUCUCCCACCGCUGGUAUCGACUCACCUCCCCAGGUCAGCACCAAGCAGCUCCUCGGCCAUCCCAGGACCCUGGCGGAGCCCCUGGUGUCCAGCCUGAACCCUGAGGUUGUAUCAACCAGACAGAGCAUCUGGAGGUAGAAGGGCCCAGGCACUGGAGGAUCAAUUGUAUUGUAUCAGUUGAUUGAGGAUCAAAGUGUAACUGUAUAAAUAAACUAUAUAUAUAUAUAUUUUAUAUUUUUUUUUUACUGCUUUAUAUUGUGAAUGGAUGUGGAUGGCCAGACAGAAUAUUUUUACAGACUGUAAAGUAAAACUAGAGACUGAUGACACAAAGCAACCCUCUUCCCCUGAGGAUGAAAGCAACUCCCUUCCAUUUUUUUUUUUAAGCAGUUUCUAUACUGAACAGAAAACAGCAGUGCAUCCAUUCUGCAUAGCCUCUUCAAGAGAUCAGUCGUGUGUUUGGAAAAGUCCUUGUUCCUUUGACUAGGGGAGCAAAGCUGCAGUGGAGACCUGUGUGGAGGUUCACCUGGAUGGAACAAGUUAACAGAUUUUACAUCUACUCAUCACAGCAAAUGGGGCCAUGACAAACAGCCUCUUUGCCAGUGGCACGAGAGGCCCAAAAGCAGCUUUAAGACAAAUUUCUGGCCCCUCUUUUUUUAUGUAUAUUAUAAGAAACCUGUAGAAGAAACCCACUGUCCAUGGUGCCACGGACCAUGUGUCAAAGAAGCACACAGUGGGAGCUUGUUUUUCUUAAAUUCACUUUAUCUUUCAACUUCUUUUUAAAGUAAAAAAUUGCAGAAUGAGCCCUUCCCCGAUGGUGGUGUGAGUGGGGAACAGGACCAAAAUACUCUUGGUGACAUUUCCCUGAUAUUUUUAAUUUUUCUUAUUUUUAACUUGAUGGCCAGUAGUAACCAUUUUGUUCAUCUGUCCCAGUGCAUCACCUUGUAUUUUAAUUGCAAAACCAAAGCGGUUUGGGGAGGGGAUGAGCUUGUCUGGGAGAUCCCCGAGCCUGUUUUCAACGUGUAGUAUGCGAAAAAUGUGACUUGGGCACAAGGUUCACCGUAAAGCCCCGCUUCCCCUGUGCGAA